GACAGACACCACACCUGCCAGUGAUGUCUGACUUCAACUGCAGUGUCGACGUCCCGCUCGCCAUCACCGAAGACUUCGGUGACUUCCAGUGCAACGAAGACAUCGAGAACUCCAACGCACAGACAUCGGUGACCACCACCACGAGUGGUGAGCGUAAGACUGUGGGAAACACUGGUGCGGAACCGUUGGACAACAAUAACGUGGGACACAAUCAGACACAACCACCACCACAACAACAACCUCUUCAGCCACACAUUGACAACAACUUCGCGGACACCUUCUCCGACAGUCUUGAGGAUUUGGUCAACACUUUCGACGAUAAGAUCACCAAAUGUUUCCGCAAUUAUGAUGAAAACACGUCAAACUUAGCGCCCGUUCAGGUCAGGUCUCAGGAGGACAUCAUCAAUGAGUCUCAGAUGUGGUGGACACUGACCGGCAAUUUCGGCAACAUUUUGCCCAUCGAUUGGACCAAAACGUACGCCCGAAAGCUACACCUCCCGGCGCUCAACAUCAAUGAGUCGCGCAGUGGUGAACACAGGAAUAUCAACGAACUCUUCGACCCCACCUGUGAUGAGGAGGAGUUGGCCAAAGAUCUGGACCUCCAUUCGCUGAUACUCGCGAGUCUACAACAGGAGCCCAUCUUCACGGCGGAACAGGUGCUCGAAGAGAUCGACGAGAUUAUGAUGAACGGGUCGGUCAGCUCGUCGAGUGGGGCCACCACUACAUCGGACAGCAUUUCGACGGAUAAGUCGCCCUCGAGUACGGGCGCCGGCGAUGGCCACAAGACGUCGAUAGCGGCGCUCCUGUAUGAGGAGAAGCUGAAGACCUACUCGUCGGUGCAGUUGAAUGAGCUGUACCUGGAGUUGGAGCGUAUGAUUCAACACAACUCCGAGACACUGAUCCACGAGUUGGCGCUCAGGGAUGAGCUCGAGUUCGAGAAGGAGCUGAAGAACACGUUUAUAUCGCUGUUGCUUAGCGUCCAGAAUAAGCGCCGACAGCACCAUAUUGAGCGCAAAAGGGGCCGUACGCUGGAGCCCAAGUAUCUCACGACUGUUAUACCCUAUAACACGGGGAGGGGUACGCCCGGUGUGCCCACUCUGCAGAUACUCAUUAAAAUAUUGCGUGCGAUCAAUGAGGACAGCCCUACAGUACCCACUCUACUAACUGAUUACAUACUGAAAGUGAUUUGUCCGACUUGAAUGUCAGCCCCGCAUAUGACACCGCGAUCUCCAGUUCCCACUCACAUGCACACCACACCACACGUCUCACACAUACGUAUAAAUACACAUUCAAUAUAUAAAUUAUACACUAUUUAUGAUAUUUUGUGAAACGAGUGCAAGAAAUCUAUUGAUUUUUAUUUAUUAUAUUACUAUUGACUGACGACUAAAUCAAAUCCAAUUAUAGAUUUUGAAUUCAAUAUUCCAUAUGAAAAGUGGUAUUCA